GUCAUUGCUCCAUCUUUGCCAACCUGAACUAAGCCACGCGCGACUUUCUUACUUGCUGGCCUACCUACCUUUAUUUCCAUGGUCGAUCAGGGGACAAUUCGCCUGCCUUUCGCUCCCGACCUCUUCCAUCUUCCCUUCCCCGCGUGCUGAAAAGAGAGAGAGAAAAAAAAGAGGCGUCCAUGCGCCCACGCUUGAAUGAUAAGCUUCGCACCGGUCCAAACCUGCUUGACGCGAGGCGUUCACGAUAGAAAGACGGAGUCAAUCGACAGCAGAAUAGUUCCUCACGUGUCUACAAGAACAAGCGCUUUCCUACCCAUUUUUCGGUGCGCAGGGCACCACACUGCCUGUUUGGGCCUCGGGCGUCAGCCCAUAGGCUAAACCGGUGGCCCCUCCCACGUCGCCGUGCAUAAGUGCAGCCUGACGAUCGUAUCCAUUGGUUUGCAUCACGCCGGGGUUCGAGUCCUUGGACUCGAAUCUCUGCCUCCUUUGUACGACAGAUCUAACGAUCCGCGUCCGCAUGUUGCCUUCUGGGAUUCGGUUACCUAAACCUUGACUACCAACAGCCGACGCCUGACGUCUCACAUAGGCGUCCUUCAGCUUCGAUUGAUUUUUUCUCCUUUUCUUUUUCUCGUUCUUUAUUUGCUUUUUCUUCUCUUCUUACCUUUCUAAGAUACCCCUUUCUCAUCUGGUGGAUCUGGCUGGCUCAGAUCAUUCUUCCCCGUCCACGUCCGCCUACACCACCUGUCGUACACCUUUCCAUCCUCGAACCUACAUCGGUUGUCAUACUUUCGAACUGCUCACGGCUUCAGCAUACCAUAACCUACCUACCGUUACGAUAUAUUUCGAUAAAUGGACAUUGCUCUAAAUCGAGCCUUCCAGCGCGGUAUAUCAUCGAUUAUCCCGGCACAGCCGCAAUGCCCUUGCUUGAUACCAAUUCAGGACCUUCAUAUGGCACCAUCGAUCGAAUGAAUAAUCACGGCGAGGAAGAAGGAGAACGUCUCCUUCAGGCGGGUUACGAAAGCGAAGGAAAUGGCAGCACGAUAACUUCGUCGGAGGAUUCGGUUCAGGAAGGCGUUCGAAAAAUCGAGGCGAUCAACCUCACAUGGACUACAAAGUCGCUGGUCGUUGCUUAUAUCAGCAUUUUCCUCAUGGCGUUUUGCACGUCUCUGGAGGGCCAGACCACCAUGUCGCUCUCGGCCUAUGCGACUAGCGCAUUUAGUAAACACUCGUUGAUUUCAACCGUCCUUGUUGUUCAGAACGUGGUCAAUGCCGUUAUCAAACCCCCGAUGGCUAAAGUAGCCGAUGUCUUCGGUCGCUUUGAGGCGUUCUGCGUCUGCAUCUUGAUCUACAUUCUAGGAUAUAUUCAAAUGGCCGCUUCGAACAACGUGCAGGCAUAUGCGUCGGCUCAGAUCUUCUACGCGGCCGGGUCGACGGGCUUGCAAAUACUUCAACAGGUCUUCAUUGCAGAUAGCAGUAGCCUGCUGAACAGAGCAUUCUUGGCCCUUCUCCCCGAGUUUCCUUUUCUGGUCACCGUAUGGAUAGGUCCAAUGAUCGCCGAUGCGGUUCUCCAAAACCUGUCAUGGCGCUGGGGUUACGGGAUGUGGUCGAUCAUCUUGCCAGCGUCAUUCCUUCCCUUGGCGCUCUCGUUGCUGUUAAACCAACGCAAGGCCAGGAGACUCAAUCUCAUCAAACCCAGAAAGAUCCGUCGCCUUGGCUUUUUCGCUGCCGCUCGACGUACCUGGUACGAUCUCGAUAUGUUUGGCUUGAUGCUUUUGUCGGCGGCAGUGACGCUCAUUCUGGUGCCGCUGACGCUGGCUGCCAAUGCCAAAAAUGGCUGGAAGAACAACAGUAUCAUGGCAAUGAUUGGGGUCGGCGUAGUCUGUCUUCUGGCGUUGCCGGUGUGGGAAACGUCCAAGAGACUUGCUCCCAAGCCUCUCUUGUCGCUGCAUCUCCUGAAGCAACGUACCGCUCUUGCCGGCUGUGCUCUCGCCUUCUGGUACUUUAUGGCUUUCUAUUUCUCGGUUCAACCGUACCUUUACUCCUACCUUCAAGUUGUCCAGGGAUACGAGGUCUCCACGGCCGGCCGCGUUACCCAGACAUUUGCAUUCACCUCAACCAUCGCGGCCUUCGGCGUGUCGAUGCUGAUUAAAUUCACGCGGCGCUAUCGCGUUUAUGUGGUCAUCGGAUGUGUGAUAUACAUUUCUGGUAUUGUGCUGAUGAUGCUGUACCGCAAGGAAGGCAGUUCGCUCACUCAGAUACUGGGGACGCAAAUCGUGAUCGGCAUAGGAGGCGGACUGCUCAAUGUCCCCGUUCAGUUGGGUGUUCAGGCAUCGGCGAGCCAUCAAGAAGUUGCCGCUGCCACAGCCAUGUUCCUGACGUGUAUGGAACUCGGCGGAGCGGUUGGUGCGGCCAUUUCUGGGGCCGUUUGGACACAUAACCUGCCUCGGAAGCUGCAGCUGUAUCUGCCAGACGAGAACAAGGGAGACGCCAAAGCGAUUUUUGGGAAGUUGACCAAGGCGCUAGAAUAUCCGAUGGGAUCGCCUGCCCGAGUUGGCAUCAAUCGGGCCUACCAGGAGACCAUGAACAAAUUGUUGGUGCUGGCUUUUGUGGUGACCAUCCCGCUGAUCCCGUUGAGUCUGAUGAUGGAGAAUUACAAUCUCGAUAAGAUGAGCUCGUCCGACCAUGAACCGGUCCCUGUGGACGACGACGCCGAACCCGAGCCUGAAGGGCACGGGAAACGAACGUGAGCGUGUUGCGAGAUUUGUCCGACGAUGUUUCAUAUGGAGCCGGUCUCCUUGCCCAGCCGACGUUUCGAAUUGAAAUGGCCAUUGAUUGAUUUCGCCGGUUUUCUUUCAGGACGGAAUGACUCCUUACCAUUGACUCCGUCCCUGCAGGCCUGCUUGCCAGGACCUAUAUACCAUGUACUCUUUGCAAAUUCUCCGAUGCCUGAUAUGAUAUCUUGUUGGUUGAGGCAGGGUGUGUACAGCGGCACAUGUUCAAAACUAUACCUUCGGGGGGCUUAUAUAGACCUCUGGAUUACGACUAGACAUAGACGAAAUGAAUGAACGGGGCGUUAUUUAUUGUUAUGACUGUUCGUAUUGCACCUGGAUCCCUGCCGAGUGUCAUUAAACGUUGACAGUCUCGGGGAUCGCGGCUUCUGGCGCUGGUGAAACUUUAGCGGCGACUUCAAUAGUUA